AUGCUGUGUGUCCUGAGUGUGCUGUGCAUUCUGCUGAGCCUUUACCUGCCUGUACUCUGCCAGGGGACACAAGGGGACAACAACCACACUGGUCAGCCCAGUACAGCGCCGUCUGCUGACAAUGACACACAUCGCACCUUCCUGGAGAUGUUCGGCACCAAGUACCCGGCCCCUACGAGUCUCGGGGAAGAACGAUACGGAGUGUUCCUGGAAAGCUUGGAAAGACAUAAAUAUCUGAAUGGGUUUUGUACACAGUGCUGGAGAUGCAUUUUAUGGAAUUAACCAGUUUUCUGAUUUGUCAGCUGAGGAGUUUUCAUACGUUUACUUGAAGAGCUACCCUGCUAUGAAAGACAAUUAUAUUGUACCUAAUAAAACAUUUUCAAAAGAAAAUGAUCUUCCGUUGAGGUUUGACUGGAGAGACAAAAAUCUUGUGACAUCUGUGAAAAAUCAGAGGGAUUGUGGUGCUUGCUGGGCUUUCAGCAUAGUUGACACGGUGGAGUCUGCCUAUGCUAUCAAAGGACAUCCUCUCAUGGACCUUAGUGUACAGCAGGUCAUUGACUGUUCGUACAUGGACAAUGGCUGCAAUGGUGGAUCCACCCUCAGUGCCUUGAAAUGGUUAUAUCAGGUUGUUUGA